UUAUUCUUAAUUCAAGAAAUAGAGCUUCUUCUUCUCUCUUUCGUAAAAUGCAAAGAACAAAUAUUAAAGGCACUAAUUUUCCUAGGGAACUGAAGAAAAGGAUCAAAUUAGUUAAUUGGAUUAAGAAGAAAAAUUCGAAAAUUCCCCCAAGAGUUAAGAAAGCGAUUAAAAAAGUUGACAGUAAAGAGAAAUUUAUUAAUAAAGAAUGUUUAUCGAAAUUUAUUGCUUAUCGUUGUAGUCUUCAUGGUGUGAGAUAUAUUUUCGAUCAUGAAUUACAUACAGUGGAUAGAAUAAUUUGGUUUAUUUUUCUCUCAAUAUUCAUCUAUUUUACAACUCAAGAAAUGUCUACAAUUAUUUUUGAGUAUCAAGCUGCUCCAACUAAAGUUGUUAUUGACUCGUCGAGUUAUCGAGUUGCAUUCGUACCAUUCCCAAGUGUGACAAUUUGCCCCAAGAAGAGAGUUGACUGGACGAAAGCAUUGGAAUUGGAAAAAGAAAUAAUCCCAACAAAUAAUUCGCAAACAAUAAUAUUAUAUCGACGUCUAAUGAAUAUCUUGUCAUCCUCGGUUUUUGGAAAUUUAGUUGAAAUGAGACAUUUGCAGGGUGUGGAUAUCGCUUCUUCAGAACUAGCAAAUUUCAACAUAACGGAUAUCUUGUACAGAACAGUACCCGAUUGUAAGUCAUUAUUUUCCGAUUGCUCCUGGAAUCGUCGAAAUGAAUCCUGCUGUGAUAUAUUUCACUUGCAAAAAACACUCUAUGGCUUCUGUUAUUCAUUCAAUUCGGCACGCUCUGAGAAAGAUGAAUACAACAAACAAUUUGUACCCAACAAAACUGCAGGCUAUGGAAGUAAAAGUGGUCUAAAGUUUACAUUUCAGUUGGGUAAAAUAAAAUUCCCACCCGAUAUUAAUCAUGAUAUUCAGCACAAGUAUGUUCUAGCUAAUGAUGAUGAGGAGUAUCGACGAAUUAUACUUCUUAUACAUGGAACACAAAGUUGGCCUAAUUGGGGACAAGAGAUUAUGACUGGAUUCUCUUUGAAUGGGAGAAUUCAAUGUUCUUCGCAAUUUGCGACUCGGGAAGUGUUGGACUUGGACUCGAGUAAAAUUCCCUGUAGAAGAAAUAAAUUCACCACGAGAAGGAAAUACAGCUUAGAUACUUGUAUAGCUGAAUGUAAACAAAUGCAUGCUAUAAAAUAUUGUGCUUGUAAUCCUUCGUAUUAUUUCCCACCAAACACAACACGAGACUGCGAACUUCGAGAUUUACAUUGUCUAUAUGGAAAUACUUAUCGAUUUAAAGAUUAUCAAAUGCCAGGUGACGCUGAUUAUGAUGAAAGAAAUUAUGAUAUUAUGCACUGCGAUUGUCCUUCGCCUUGUAGUUAUACUUAUUAUGACACUAAAUUCAAUGUAAUUCCAAUUGAAUCUAAGGACGAUAUUAAAAUUGAUAUUCAUCAUGUGGGACCGACGAGUAUUCGCUAUAAAAGAAAAGUGGUCUUCAAUAGGCUAUACUUACUUGUCUAUGUUGGUGGUAUAUUUGGACUGUUUGUCGGUGGAUCAAUAAUUAGCGUACUGGAAUUAAUACACAUAUUUAUAAUCGGAGUGCUGAGGAGAUAUCAUCGUAAAACAAAAAAGAUUGAGAAAUUGGAGAUUAACAAAAAAUUUACUGAAAUGACAUCACUAUUCGUUACUAAAUGUUAAAAGAAAGAAAGAAAGAAAGUUUGUAUCUACUUUCGGCCCAGUAAAUCAAAAUUAAUAACGCUGUUAACAAUUACAUCCAAAGUUUUUUGAAAUUACUUUAUUUUAAUUACUAUAAUUAUUUUUUUGUUUGUAUUUAUAGUAGAAUAUUUACUUUCGGAUUAUAAUCUACA